GGAGAUUCUGUACAAGCAGGUGAUGACUCACCAUUUUCAGAUUCUGUUACGUUGGAACAAACUACAAGUAAUAUUGGUGGAUCCAGUGGACGUGUUAGUCUAUGGAUGCAGUGGGUGCUCCCCAAAGUUACUGUAAAGCUAUUUGCUCCAGAUUCUGUAAACAAAGGCACAGAGAUUUGUAUGGUCAGUGAACUAGAAGAUCUCAGUGCUUCCAUAGAUGUCCAGGAUGUAUAUACCAAAGUGAAAUGUAAAAUAGAGAGUUUCAAUAUUGACCACUAUAGGAGCAGGCCAGGGGAAGGUUGGCAGUCAGGACAUUUUGAAGGAGUAUUUCUACAGUGCAAAGAAAAACCUGUGACAACUACAAAACUUCUAGAUGGUUCUCAUCAGCAGCAUGGAUUUCUCUCUCUAACAUAUACAAAAGCUGUAACAAAAAAUGUCCGCCACAAGUUAACAUCAAGAAAUGAGCGAAGAAGUUUUCACAAAUUAUCUGAAGGUUUAACGGAUGGUUCUCCUCAUUUUCUUCAUGAAAUUCUUCUUUCAGCACAAGCUUUUGAUAUUGUUCUUUGUUUUCCUUUACUUAAUGCCAUUGCAAGUAUAUUUCAAGCAAAACUACCAAGGACCCAAAAAGAGAAAAGAAAAUCUCCUGGUCAGCCCAUGAGGACCCAUACACUGACAUCACGCAAUUUACCUUUGAUUUAUAUCAACACAAGUGUAAUCAGAAUUUUUGUUCCAAAAAUAGAAGCAAUACAGCCAACUGUUGAAGUUAAUCAAGCAGCCAAAGAAGACACCAUGGUUUUGAAGAUAGGCUCUGUUGCUAUGGCUCCUCAGGCUGACAAUCCCCUUGGCAGAUCUGUCCUUAGGAAAGAUAUUUACCAGAGAGCAUUGAACUUAGGAAUUCUUCGAGAUCCUGGGUCAGAAAUUGAAGACAGACAAUAUCAAAUAGACCUGCAGUCCAUCAGUAUUGGUACUGCACAGUGGGAUCAACUAAAACCAGAGAAGGAAAGUGGCUCAGGUGGGGUGCUAACAGAGAGUGAAAGGAAUUCUCAAAAUCCAGCCCUCGAGUGGAAUAUGGCCAGCAGGUAG